AUGUCGAUGGAAUUCAACGACACAAGGGAACAGCUGCAAAAACACAGCGUUGACAUUUCCACCCUGAAGAGAGAGAUUCAAGAACUGGGCAAACACAAGGAAAGACUAGGAGGAAACAUCACUGGGAUUGAAGAGAGACUCAAUAUAACUGAGAGACAGUUAAGGGAAAAAAAAGCUCAGCUUGAAUAUUUGGAGACAGAGACCAAGGGUGCGUUCACUGAAACACAAAAACUUCUGAAACUAUAUAAAGACGGGCUGUCCCAUCUUAACUCAACAACUCAGGACCUUGAAGAUAAAGUUGAAACCCGACUGCAUGCCACAAAGACAGACUUUGGAGCUAAACUAAAGGAAGUACAAAACAACAGUGAAGCUCUCAGUGCAGAACUCAAAGAACAAAAAGCUGAAGCUGUUAAAUUUAUGGAAGAAACUGGGAGCAAAUUCCGUCAUGUUGAUGAACAGCUGAAGAUCCAAAACACUUCAGUCGGCCAGCAGAAUUCUGACAUCCACUCUCUCAAGAACAAAUAUGCAGGAAUAACAAACAGACUGGGGUCAGUUAAGAAAACAGUUGGGGAACUAAAACCAGAGGUGGACCAACUGAACGCAAGAGUCAAUGCGAAGGUGGCAUUUUCUGCAACUAUAAUCGAAUCCAAAGAUGUGUUCACUGGACCCCAAACCGGCAUUAGCAAGAUUCUGAUUUUCAAUAAAGUCUUCACAAAUAUUGGCAAUGCUUACAACUCUAAAACAGGUCUCUUCACUGCUCCACGGAAAGGUGUUUACCACUUUUCCUUCAUGACUUUUGGCUACAGCACCUACACCUCAGGAGCCAUCUUGGUGAAAAACGGGAACUACCAAGUGAGCACCUGGGAAUUCAAAGGGCCGGAUAGCAGUGACACCACCAGCAACACUGUCAUUCUUGAGCUGAAUCACAAAGAUACUGUCAACAUCAUCCUGUGGAAAGGUGGAAAAAUAAAUACAGGUGUCUUCAGUGGAUUCCUUGUAUUCCCAACAAAGUAA